AUGACUACUCGUGUAAUGAUCUUUCCAGAAGGCGUUGUUCAAGAUUGGAACACUUUCCGUGAAGCUUUCAAUGAUAAGUUUUUCUCUGAGACUGCCAGAGAGGUGAAGAUGGCAGAAUUUCAACGUCUUCGCCAGGGUUCCCUAUUUGUUGAUGAGUAUGAGGCGAAGUUUGCUGAACUUUCGCGAUAUGCCCCCGAGUUAAUCGAGAACCCUGUGAAUCGAGCGAGGAGGUUCAGAGAUGGGUUUAGGCAAGAUUUGAGAAGCGCCUUAGUCCUUCUAGAUCGGAAGACUUAUAACGACAUAUAUCGGAGAGCUCAGAAGAUUGAGAAAGAUCAUAACGAUAAAGCUGCCUCAUCUGGAUCGAGAUUUAGCUCUCACAGGGACAACAUCCGCCAAGGAAAGAGGCCGAUGUUUGGAAAUAGAUUCCAAAGCCCGCCCAGCAAGAAGAGUGGAUUUAAUAGGUUAGGACCUAUUAGGAAUAAUGAGUGUCGCUUGUGUGGGAGAAGACAUGGGACAGCAUCGUGCCCAGCUAGGACGGGUGCAUGUUUUGAAUGUGGCCAACAGGGCCACGUAGCCAGAUUUUGUCCAAAGAAGCAAAGAGGACAACCUCAGUUGCCGCCGCCGCCACCGAUGAGACAGAUAGGAGGGUAUGCCCCUCAGAAUGCACUACAAGGAGGACAGCAGAGACCUCCAGCUCAGGGCACUGUGUACGCAAUUACCCAAGGUCAGGCAGAAGCUGCGCCUAGCGUGAUCACAGGUACGGUCUCGCUCAACGACCAACCUGCUUACGCUUUGUUUGAUUCGGGAGCAACCCAUUCUUUCAUUGCCGAGCAAUAUGUUAGGAUGCUAGGGUUGAGUCAUGUAUUGUUGGAGUCGGCAAUUUGCAUAUCUACACCCUUGAAAGAUAAAGUUAUUGCUGCUUUAGGAUGUUCGGGGUGCAAGUUAGAGAUUGGAGUUUCUAGGUGUCUUUCCAAAAGAAUUGCCAGGGUUACCGCCAAAAAGAGAGAUUGA